UUUGGUUUUUCAACGUGAACUUGUGGCCAACUUUAUGGCACAUGGAAUUGAAAAGCACCUAUAUUUGCAAAUAAUCCAAAGAAAAGUUUUGUUAAUUGUAUUUUUUUUUGUGAGAUAUUAGUAGCAAUAUUUAAUCAUUAAAGAGUAAUAAAAUAUUAUGAAAAGUAUGGCUCAUCAUUAUGUAGUAACAGCACACAAACCUACGGCGGUUAACGCUUGUGUUACCGGAAAUUUUACAUCCCCUACUGAUCUUAAUCUAAUCCUUGCUAAAAAUAUGCGCCUAGAAAUUUAUCUUGUUACUCCAGAAGGAUUAAGGCCACUAAAAGAAGUUGGCAUUUAUGGAAAAAUUGCCGAGAUAAAAUUUUUCAGGCCUCCUCACGAAAAGAAGGAUUUAUUAUUUCUUCUUACAUAUAGAUAUAAUGCAAUGAUUUUAGAAUGUGUUGGAGAUGGUGAAGAAAUUGAAAUAAUUACAAAAGCACAUGGAAAUGUAGCUGAUAGAAUAGGAAAACCAUCUGAAACAGGAAUAAAAGCAGUAAUUGAUCCAAAAGCAAGAGUCAUUGGUUUGAGACUUUAUGAUGGACUAUUUAAAAUAAUUCCCCUUGAUAAAGAUAACCCCGAAUUGAAAGCCUCUUCGAUUAGAAUGGAUGAACAAUUAGUUCAAGAUGUAGAUUUCUUAUAUGGAUGUGCUAAUCCAACACUGAUAAUUAUUCAUCAAGAUAUUAAUGGUCGUCAUGUAAAAACACAUGAAAUUUCACUGAAAGACAAAGAAUUUGUUAAAACUCUUUGGAAGCAGGAUAAUGUUGAACGAGAAGCAAUGAUGGUAAUUCCAGUUCCAUCUCCAAUAUGUGGAGCAAUAAUAAUUGGUCAAGAAAGUAUUUUAUAUCAUGAUGGAACAACUUAUAUUGCAGUUGUUCCACCCAUAAUUAAAUAUAGUACUAUCACUUGUUACGCUAAAAUUGAUGCACAAGGACUUAGGUACUUAUUGGGAGAUUUAGCUGGUCAUUUGUUUAUGUUGUUUUUGGAACAAGAAAAGAAACCUGAUGGGACAACAGUUGUGAAGGAUUUAAAAGUCGAGCUAUUAGGUGAAGUGAGUAUACCAGAGUGUAUCACAUAUUUAGAUAAUGGAGUAAUAUUCGUAGGAAGUCGUAUGGGAGAUUCCCAACUUAUUAAAUUGAUAACGAAAGCUGAUGAAAAUGGAUCUUAUUGUGUACCAAUGGAGACAUUUACAAAUUUGGCACCAAUUGUAGAUAUGGCAAUUGUAGAUUUAGAACGUCAAGGUCAAGGACAAAUGGUUACUUGCUCUGGAGCUUUUAAAGAAGGGUCUUUAAGAAUUAUUAGAAAUGGUAUUGGUAUUCAGGAACAUGCUAGUAUUGAUUUACCAGGAAUUAAAGGCAUGUGGGCUCUUAAAGUAGGUGGAGGGAAUUAUGAUAAUACUUUAAUCGUUGCUUUCGUUGGACAAACAAGGAUAUUAACAUUAAAUGGUGAAGAAGUUGAGGAAACUGAAAUUCCUGGCUUUGUAGCUGAUGAACAGACUUUUCAUACGGGCAAUGUAACUGAUGAUUUAUUUAUUCAAAUCACUCCUACAUCUGCUAGGUUGAUUUCUAAUGAAACAAAAACUGUUGUUUCUGAAUGGGAACCAACAAAUAAACGAACUAUCAGUGUCGUUGCAUGCAACGGAAAACAAGUACUUUGUGCUACCGGAAAUGAUGUUUUUUAUAUGGAAAUAAUUGACAAUAGAAUUGUACCUAAAGGUAUCACAACACUUCAACAUGAAGUAGCAUGUCUAGAUAUUUCACCUCUCGAUGGCUGUAAUGAAGCCAAAAUUGCCACUGUCGGUUUAUGGACAGAUAUAUCUAUUAGAAUUCUCACUCUUCCUGCUUUAGAAGAAAUAAAUAAGGAAUUACUUGGUGGAGAGAUUAUUCCAAGGUCCGUUUUGAUGACUUGUUUCGAAGGAAAUACGUACUUACUUUGCGCGCUUGGAGAUGGAAGUAUGUAUUAUUUUACUCUUCAAAAAGAUACGGGAAAUUUGUCUGAUAAGAAAAAAGUUACACUUGGAACUCAACCGACAGUUUUAAGAACAUUUAGGUCGCUCUCUACUACUAAUGUUUUUGCCUGCAGUGAUCGUCCUACUGUCAUUUAUUCGUCAAACCACAAAUUAGUUUUUAGUAAUGUCAAUCUAAAAGAAGUUAAUCAUAUGUGUUCAUUAAAUGCGGAGUCUUAUCCAGACAGUUUAGCACUAGCAACAGAUAGUACUGUAACGAUCGGUACUAUUGAUGAAAUACAGAAACUUCAUAUUAGAACCGUACCCCUAGGAGAAUCUCCAAGACGUAUCACAUACCAGGAAUCUUCUCAAACAUUUGGAGUUAUUACAAUGCGUGUUGAUAUUCAAGAAAAUAAUGGCGUUAGUAUUGUUAGACCAUCAGCUUCAACCCAGGCUGCUUCUACGUCAAGUAGCAGUCAAGUUUCAUCACAUAAUAAACCAGGUCAUACUACUUCUAGUGAAAUAGGUCAGGAUAUUGAAGUAAAUAACCUAUUAAUCAUCGACCAACAUACUUUUGAAGUUCUACACGCUCAUACGUUAAUGCCUAAUGAAUAUGCACUAUCUUUAAUUUCUACAAAACUUGGAGAAGAUCCAACAUCUUAUUUUGUAGUUGGUACAGCUCUUGUAAAUCCUGAUGAGACAGAACCGAAAAUGGGAAGAAUAUUGUUGUAUCACUGGAGUGAUGGAAAACUUACACAAGUAGCUGAAAAAGAAAUUAAAGGAUCUUGUUAUUCACUAGUUGAAUUCAAUGGAAAACUUCUUGCAAGUAUAAACAGUACAGUUCGUCUCUUUGAAUGGACAGCUGAAAAAGAAUUAAGACUUGAAUGUAGUCAUUUCAAUAAUAUAAUUGCACUUUUUUUAAAGACAAAAGGAGACUUUGUAUUAGUUGGAGAUUUAAUGAGAUCUUUUACGUUGCUCCAAUAUAAAACUAUGGAAGGUAGUUUUGAAGAAAUUGCUAGAGAUUAUAAUCCGAACUGGAUGACUGCCAUUGAAAUUCUUGAUGAUGACACUUUUCUUGGUGCUGAAAAUUGUUUUAAUCUAUUUGUGUGCCAAAAAGAUAGUGCAGCUGCCUCUGAAGAAGAGAGACAACAGAUGCAAGAAGUUGGACAGUUUCAUCUUGGAGACAUGGUAAAUGUUUUUAGACAUGGUUCUUUAGUUAUGCAACAUUUAGGAGAAUCUAGUACACCAACUCAAGGUUGUGUACUUUUUGGAACUGUCAGUGGAGCUAUUGGUUUAGUAACACAAAUUCCUGCACCUUUCUAUGAAUUUCUUCGUAAUCUAGAAGACCGACUUACUUCAGUAAUUAAAAGCGUUGGAAAAAUUGAACACAGCUUUUGGCGAAGUUUUAAUACUGAAUUAAAAGUCGAAGCUUGUGAAGGUUUUAUUGAUGGAGAUUUAAUUGAAAGCUUCUUAGAUUUGAGUCAUGAUAAAAUGGCUGAAGUUGCUAUGAGUCUUAUGGUUGAUGAUGGGAGUGGUAUGAAGAAAGAAGCUACAGUAGACGAUCUUGUAAAAAUAGUUGAAGAUCUAACAAGGAUACAUUAAUCUUCUUUUAAAAUUUUGUUAUAUAUAAUACUUUUAAGCAAUGAACACUUUUUACAGUUCCAUGAAUUAAUAUAAAAUCAUUUAAAAAUAGAAUUUACAUAAAAAAUGAUAAAGAAUAGAAAAUCCGUCAUAAUGACAAAAAUGUUUGAAAGACGAAAAGUGAUAUUGAAAUAUUUGUUCGCUCUUUGUAAACUUGAGGAUGAGCAAAAAAAUUACAGCUCAUGCUGUAUGAAAAAGAAUAAUUAUUCUAAAAUCAGCUUUAUACCUUUCUAAGUUGUAUUAUAAAAUAAAAAAAAAGGAAAUCA